GAAAAGAUAAGUAACCAGAAUCUUUUUAUUUUUGAUUAGCAGACUUGGCAACGUUUGCUAUUGACCGUAGUUUUUGUUUGUUGACAAUUAGCAGCAAGUUGCCACGUAAUCUAUGUUCCUUUAAUUUUCUAAAAUCAAUUGAAUAAAGUUUUUACUUUGAGUAAUAUUUCAAAAUCUGAUCAUUUAUACAGCCCAUUAUGGGCAGUGGAGAAAGUACUCUUGUUCCUGGUGGCGGAACUGAAGGUUAUCAUGUUUUGCGUGUACAAGACAAUUCACCAGGAUCCAAGGCUGGCUUAGAGGCAUUCUUUGACUUCAUAGUGGCAGUUGGAACUACUCGCUUAAAUCAAGACAAUGAUACCUUAAAAGAGAUACUGAAAGUGAACAUUGAGAGGCCCCUUCAAAUGACGGUGUACAGCACUAAGAGUCAGACGGUGCGUGAUGUAGAGAUCACUCCUUCAAAUACCUGGGGAGGGCAGGGACUUCUUGGUGUCAGCAUCAGAUUUUGUUCCUUUGAAGGUGUUAAUGAAAACGUUUGGCACGUAUUGGAAAUUCAACCACAUUCCCCUGCAGACUUGGCUGGUCUUUACCCUUUUGAUGAUUACAUAAUUGGGGCAGAUUCUGUCCUUCAUGAGUCAGAAGAUCUUUUUAGUCUUAUUGAAGCUCAUGAGGGCAAAGCUCUGACUCUCUAUGUUUAUAAUGUUGUGUCUGACCUGUGCAGAGAAGUUGUCAUCACACCCAACAAGAAUUGGGGAGGAGAAGGAAGCUUAGGAUGUGGAAUAGGAUAUGGGUAUCUUCAUCGAAUCCCGACCAGACCUGCAAAAGUGGAUGUCGUGAAAUCUCCAUAUACGCAGAUGCCUCAAAAGAGUGAUGGAUAUUCAACAGUCCAAUUGAAUGCGACUAACCCAAGUUUCAUCACACAAACUGUCCAACAAGAGCAAAAUGGAAAUCAAAGCAUGCCACCUGUAGCAGCAUCAGUGCCCAUUGUACCAUCAAUACCUACAAUGGAGGCUGAUGCUGUGAAGGCAGACAAAAUGGAUGCGUCUCUGAAUAAUGUUUGCAUUCAGCCUCUAACGACAACCCUCAGUCUGCCUGGAAUGCCUGUGAUAACAGUGAGUGCAACGUUGCCCACAAAUACUCUAGCAAAUUUAACUAUCUCAUCACCUGAUUCAACAACAACAACGGGUUCUCAUACAGAAGUUGGAAAUGGUGAUAGUAGUUCAUAUUCAGGCCCUGCUAUGCCUGCACCUCAACAUGUCUGAACUUGUCAUUUCUUGUCUCUACUAGAACAAUAACCCUUCUAUUUCACUGUAUUUACCACCAAACACUGAAUCGAUCAUCAGACUUGUUUUAGCUUCAAAAAAGAAAGUUCUGUUCUCUCUCUCUGCACUGGUGUUUAUUUUGCAAAAUUUUUAUGUAUGUUAUGUAUUCACUUGGCACUGCCAGGGAGCAAUUCAAAUAUUAGUGACAGAAGAAGGGUUUGUAAUUUGCUUAUUUUUGCUGAUAAGGGAGGAGAAAUGCUUUUGUUAAAAAAGAAGAAAAAAAACUUCUUUUUUUUAAAAAAAAAAAAAAAAUUUUAAAAGAAAAAAGGAAAUAUUACAAUUGUAAAGAGUACAAAUUUGUAAUAGGAAAAGAAAGAAAAUAUUUCUUAAAAGAUUUCCGAGAUUCAGAUUUUUUACCUCAAAAGAUUCAAACAGAAUAUUCCACUCAACAUUUUCUAAAAUGAAUGAUGACAAGGGUCUGUCCAGGACAAAUUUACUACCGUUUAGCG